CGGUGCGGUGCGCGUGUUUGCCGACCAAUGCCAGUCGGGCCUCGCGAGUUCGUCUGCGCUCCAAAUGUUUUCCCAUUUUCGGUCAAAGUCGAGCAAGAGCGUUUGCGCGGCGCACUGCGUGUGUGUGUGAGAGGAAUGAGGAGUCGGUGAUCACUCGGUGGCCCCGCCCUCACAUGAGAGUUUGCAUGUCUCCUCAGCUCCUUUUUAGGACUUGAUGACAUGCUGAUGUUAUGCUUCUGCUAGGAUUUUGCUUUAGAGCAGGAAGUUGUCCCGCGCGUCCUCCCUUUUCCUUUUAAGGAGAAGCCAGCGUGUGCCCCUCCAUCUUGACCUUUGGCCUCAUCUUCAUCUGGAUACGCAACUACAUUACAAUGUCACCGGCAUCAACUCAGAAGCCAAGGGACCCGAGAUUGCACGGCAGUCGCGUCUCAAGUCAACUUGACUUGACUUGACUUGACUUGAGAUUGCACGGCAGUCGUGUCUCGAGGGGCACGUGGGCCGGGAAGUCGCCGUAAGGUCAGCGGGCCUCGCCGAGGACCGGAAGAGGUCAACGACGGCGAACGCUGGGACAGGGAACUCGGACUGGGAUCAGGAGAAGAACCUGGACCGGAGGCAGAAGCGGUAACUGAAAAACAACUUGAAACACAACAAGGACUUGGACCAAGAUGAGAGCCAGAACUGGGAGAAAAGCAACUUCUCAAUCAACGUGCAAGUAUGAAAGUGGGAGGAGGAAGUCCCCGGCACGCCAUUGGCCGGCUCCCUUGGGCCCAGCCCUACAAGGAGCCGAGCGGACCGAGGACGCCGAGUGGGCAGGGGUGCGCGGGGGGCCCCGCUCCUUGUUUGGCUGGAGGAGAGGAGGAGGAGCAGGAGCAGGCUUCUUAAGGUGUCUCCUCUGGCGGGAGCCUCACUCAGCGGCUCGCUCCUGCUGCCUUCCCACGUCCAGCAGCACCACGCGCGGUAUCCCCCCCCCCCCCAGCCAUGUGCGACGACGAGGAGAGCACCGCCCUGGUGUGCGACAACGGAUCGGGACUUUGCAAAGCCGGAUUUGCCGGAGAUGACGCGCCCAGGGCCGUCUUCCCGUCCAUCGUGGGCCGGCCCAGGCACCAGGGCGUGAUGGUGGGCAUGGGCCAGAAGGACAGUUACGUGGGCGACGAGGCUCAGAGCAAGCGAGGGAUCCUCACCCUCAAGUAUCCCAUCGAGCACGGCAUCAUCACCAACUGGGACGACAUGGAGAAGAUCUGGCAUCACUCUUUCUACAACGAGCUGCGAGUGGCCCCGGAGGAGCAUCCCACCCUCCUGACGGAAGCGCCGCUCAACCCCAAGGCCAACAGGGAGAAGAUGACUCAGAUCAUGUUUGAGACCUUCAACGUUCCCGCCAUGUACGUGGCCAUCCAGGCCGUCUUGUCCCUCUACGCCUCUGGACGCACGACAGGCAUCGUUUUGGACUCCGGCGACGGCGUGACCCACAACGUUCCCAUCUACGAAGGUUACGCGCUGCCUCACGCCAUCAUGAGGUUGGACCUGGCUGGGCGUGACCUCACCGACUACCUCAUGAAGAUCCUGACCGAGCGUGGCUACAGCUUCGUCACCACGGCCGAGCGCGAGAUUGUGCGCGACAUCAAGGAGAAGUUGUGCUACGUCGCUCUGGACUUUGAGAACGAGAUGGGGACGGCGGCCACGUCGUCGUCGCUGGAGAAGAGUUACGAGCUCCCCGACGGUCAGGUCAUCACCAUCGGGAACGAGCGCUUCCGAUGCCCCGAGACCUUGUUCCAGCCAUCCUUCAUCGGCAUGGAGUCGGCCGGCAUCCACGAGACCACCUACAACAGCAUCAUGAAGUGCGAUAUCGACAUCCGCAAGGACCUCUACGCCAACAACGUGUUGUCGGGGGGCACCACCAUGUACCCCGGCAUCGCCGACCGCAUGCAGAAGGAGAUCACCGCACUGGCGCCCAGCACCAUGAAGAUUAAGAUCAUCGCCCCUCCGGAGAGAAAGUACUCUGUGUGGAUCGGCGGCUCCAUUCUGGCGUCGCUGUCCACCUUCCAGCAGAUGUGGAUCAGCAAGCAGGAGUACGACGAAGCCGGCCCGUCCAUCGUCCACCGAAAGUGCUUCUAGACGGCCCGGGCUGGAGCGGGCCGUCCAUCGACAAGUCCCACCUCCAUCUUCUGUCCUCCUUUUGUUAAGCUCAUUUUGUUGUUUUUUACAUUUUGGACAAAGUAAACCUUGACCGCUGCCACCGAUUAUGCCGUAGCAAACUAAAGCAGAAUAAAAAGCAAACCACAAGCUCAA